AUGGCAGGCAAAGGAGGGAAAGGGCUUGUAGCUGCGAAGACGACCGCUGGUAACAAGGACAAGGACAAGAAGAAAGCACCCAUGUCUCGCUCUGCUCGUGCUGGUAUUCAGUUUCCAGUGGGUCGUAUUCAUAGGCAACUAAAGACCAGAGUUUCAGCACAUGGAAGGGUUGGUGGCACUGCUGCUGUCUACAUGGCUUCAAUUCUAGAGUACCUAACUGCAGAAGUUCUUGAGUUAGCUGGAAACGCGAGCAAAGAUCUGAAAGUGAAGAGAAUAACUCCGAGGCAUUUGCAGUUGGCAAUCAGAGGAGAUGAGGAGCUUGACACACUCAUCAAAGGAACUAUUGCUGGAGGAGGUGUCAUCCCUCACAUCCACAAGUCUCUGAUCAACAAAACCACCAAGGAGUGA